CCACCGUAGGUUAAAGCUUAGUACGGAAUUGAUUAGCUGUGACAGUCUACACUCGAUUUAUUGCUUUGUUGUACAAUGCUGCGCGGGUAUCUAUUUAUAACUCAGUACGCUUCAUUAUAACCAGUUUGAACACUGCAGGAUAUUCGAGACGCAGGACAGACCUCUAGCAAGUUGACCUCAUAAUUUACCAUGGCAUCAUCCGGCAGCAAAAUCAGCUCUAUAUCACGAGGAGCUUUGCCACUCUUGCUGCAGACGGCAGCACGAUCUUCCCACGACACCAGACAUGUACACAGACAGUUUUCUAGACUUCUUUCUACUAUGAGGCGAUCUGCGGUAGUAGGGGAUGCUCAUUCAAAGCCGUUCAGUACAUCAAGCUCAACUAAAACCAUUUUCAAAAGCAGUCUUCCUGAUGUGGCACUAGAUAACAGAAGCCUUGGCGAAUAUUUGCUGACAAAAUUAGAUAAUUUCGGCGACAAAAUUGCCCUGGUUGACUACGCUAACGGCAAGACGUACAGUUACCCUCAGCUGAAAGCAGCCACAAUUCGCGUGGCUAGUGCACUUAACAAACUCGGCUACAAGAAAGGGGAUGUUAUGGCAAUGCAUUCUAGCAACAACACAGAGUACUGCAUCUUACUUCUGGCAUGUGCAGCGUCCGGUAUUUUACUGACCACCGCAAACCCAGCAUACACUCCUGCGGAGCUUGCGCGCCAUUUAAAGCACUCUGGAUCGACCAGUUUGGUUGUAGUUGAUGUUCUAUUACCAGUUGCCAAGGCAGCAAUGGACAGCGAUCCUGAACUGAAGGCAGCUAUUAAGGAAGUAAUAGUCAUUGGUGAAGCAGAAGGCUGCCGUCCUUUUUCCACACUUUUGGAGGAUGAUGGGAAAUCUUUCCCUGAAAAUCUUAACAUAGAUCCGAUGAAUGACGUGGUAGUUUUACCCUACUCCAGUGGAACGACUGGGCUACCCAAGGGAGUUCAGCUCACCCAUCAUAACCUGGUGGCUAACCUUCAACAGUUCAGACCAGUGAUUAAGGUUGACGUGGAAGACACUAGCAUAGGGAUUCUCCCAUUCUACCACUGUUAUGGUAUGAUCCCUGUCAUGAUGGGGGUGUUCCAGGACGGAGGAAAAUUAGUGACCCUCCCCAAAUUUGAACCCGAAAUGUUCCUCAAGGCUUUAUCAGAACACAAGGUAACAAUGGCUCAUAUUGUCCCACCAAUCGUCGUUUUUAUGGCUAAGCAUCCCGCUGUGUCCCAGUUUGACCUUUCCAGUCUGAAUAGGGUGGUGGUCGGUGCAGCCCCUCUCGGCGAGGCUAUCACUGGAGCCUUUAUGGACAGACUAAAGGCUCCUGUAACGCAAGGAUACGGGUUGACGGAGACGUCUCCGGUAUUAGCGACUGAUGUACUUCCCCCUAACCCAGGAACCACCGGCCAUCUGGUGCCCAACACACUAGCCAAGGUCGUCAAUCCGGAGACGGGUGCUGAGUUAGGUGUCGGUGAAACAGGAGAGUUCGUCUUCAAGGGUCCACAGGUGAUGAAAGGUUAUCUAAACAACCAAAGGGCCACGGAUGAUAUGAUAAAGGAUGGGUGGCUCUAUUCAGGUGACGUGGGACACGUGCGAGAGGACGGCUGUAUCGUCAUCACCGACAGGCUGAAGGAGCUUAUUAAGUACAAGGGAUUCCAGGUCCCCCCAGCUGAAUUGGAGGAUCUGUUGCUGAAACAUCCGGGUAUCCAGGACGCGGCGGUGAUUGGUGUCCCGGAUGAGGUUGCAGGGGAACUGCCCCGGGCUUACGUAGUACCCAAACCUGACCAGCCACUGACUCAAGAGGAAGUCUGCAAGUUUGUUGAAGAAAAUGUGUCUGCGUACAAAAGACUACGAGGUGGAGUAGAGUUCAUGGAAGUCAUCCCUAAAUCGCCUUCUGGAAAAAUCCUCAGACGAAUUCUCCGGGACGAAUAUAGCACGAAAGUAUCUACAUAGGAAUAUUGUUAUUAUUCGUGUGAUCAUUUAAUAUAAAAAAUUCAGUUAUCAGUCAUGAUCAAAGUUAACAGAGUUAUCAAAGACAGCGACAUUUAUCUGUACUUAACGGUUAACAUAUGUAGAUGUUCAAUGGAAGCACGUUAGUCCUGACACGUUUGUUCCAAAUAUAUUUCCAGACUGAUGGAAUCAAUUUUGAACUGAUAACGUUAAAACAAAGAAGUACCAAAUUCAGCUGAGGGAUUCAAUGAAUGGAAACGGAGGUUUUGUUUCUUGAAAUAAUUCAACUGAUAUGGGUCGCAUAUAAAAUGUUGUGAUUGUUUUAUGCCAUUUGUAAAUAUUAUAUCACUCGUCAAAUAUAUUUCAUAUUUUGUAAUUUAUAUUUAUACACAGGUACUUAGAAAAAGAACAUAUAUCUGUUUUAUGCCUCUAUUUUGUGUACCAUUGUGUGCAUAUACAUCAAAGUAUAGAAAUGUUAAUGGGACAGAAACACAAACUAAAUGUUGGAUAUAUAUGUAACACAUUGUACAUAUGGUGUAAUUUAGGAUAUACUGGUAAUGAAAUUAUUUUCGUGUGUAUUUCUUUUCGUGCAUUAUGCCUGUAGUUGAUUUGUGAAUACAUAAUUUCGCGAUCGAUAACAUUCUAUUUUGCUAUAUGUAGUAUUUAUCUGUGAAAUUUAAUUCGUGGAAGAUUUCCAAUCGCGAAUCAACGUUAUUAUUAUUCUCGCAAAAGAAAGUGAUUACAGUUCAUGCAUUGUAAUGUUAAAUUGCAUAUAAAUGACAUAAUAAACAUAGCCAUGGAAAUAAAUGGUAGCAGUGUCAAGACAUAAGCAAUUAAACAGUGAAUAUUCUGGCUUUCGUGAUGAAUAUCAGUUAUAUUUCAUAAGUGAUGCUAAGCACUCGUGAAAAAGAAAAUUUCAACUAAAUCAACUUCAAAGUUAAAUACCGUUGUUAUUUUAUUUUUGUAAAAGUAAUGGCCUCCUUAAACAGACAAUUAAUCUGCCGUCAAUAGAAGAAAAAAAGGGAAUGCGAUAUGUAUGACUUGCGUUAUAAAAUGGAUACAUAACAAAACAAUAGGGGGCAAUGCUUAUACUUUAAAGCAAAAUACAAAGUUUAAUGAAGAUAAAGUGAUAAAAGAAGCGCACAAUUGUUCAUUACGAUGUAGACUAUUACGCUUUUAAUGUAUUUUUAAUAUCGACGAUAUAUGUUUUGACUUUGUAUGUUUUCAAACAUGUAGUUUUAGAAGAUUGUGACAUGUGUUAUUUCAGAAAUGUAAAUCUGUGUGUCAAUGUGAUUCUUUAUAAAUGUUAAUGGAUGGUUUUUAUCAUGAAUUUGUAUGAAUGGUAUUAACAGAAAUUAUUGAAAUUUGUUGAUGGUAUGACCAUGUGUGUGGCUAGUGUUAAUUAAAGAGUGUGGAUGAUAUCAAUUAACAUGCGUGUGACAGAUUUUAAUUAACAUGUGUAUAGAUGAUGUAAAUAUUUAAUGUUUGUUGGUGAUAAUAACUAUGUGGGAAUAGUAUAAAUCUCACGACAAAAUGUUGUAAAUAAAGUAGAUUUAUGAAAUCUUUAAGUUUAA